AUGUAUGGGGUUGUGAAUGAUACUAAGGUGUUUGAAAUAAAGAAGGAGUUGGCCUCCACACAACAAGGCUCCCUCGACAUUGCAUCAUAUUUCAAUAAACUAAAGAAACUCUGGGAUGAGCUGAGUACAAUGCGUAAGAAUCAUCGAAAUUGUUGCACGUGUGCUACAAGAGAUGGUAUUCAAAAGGAGGAGGAGGAUAAGCUUCAUCAAUUCCUUAUGGGCCUAAAUGAAGUAUAUGUGGGAGUGAGAAGCAAUUUGCUAAUGAUGCAACUUCCUCCCAUACUAGAUAGUGCAUACAGCAUUUUACUUCAAGAUGAAAAUCAGAAACAAGUUCAACACAUUCCCCAGCUGGUCCCAGAAGCUGCUUCUUUCAAUGUUAAUGCCAACAAUAAAGUUUUUCCUCCGAAUGUCAAUAGUAAGACAUUCCCUCCUAAGCAAUAUACUUAG